AUGCCGCCUAAAUCGAGAAAAUUAUGUGUGUUAGGCUUUAGGCAAGUUGGGAAAUCCUCUCUUAUUAUUCAAUUGGUUGAUAAUCAAUUUGUGGCCUCUUACGAUCCUACUAUUGGCGGGUCCUUUGAACAUACUAUUAAACACAGGGGGAUAGAAUACCGCACAACUAUUGUUGAUACGGCUGGCCAGGAUGAGUAUGCAGUCUUGCCACAAUCCUAUUUUAUGGAUAUUCACGGUUACAUCUUGGUAUAUUCUAUAACUAGCAAUAAGAGCUUUGAAGUAGUUAAAGAUGUACGAGAAAAAUUACUAGAUAUGACCGGGACGACUCAUGUUCCAAUGAUAUUGGUAGGCAAUAAGAGCGAUUUGCACAUGGAAAGAGUUAUUAGUUCAGAAGAUGGAAAAAAGCUUGCAAAUUCAUGGAAUGCAACAUUUGUAGAAUCCACUGCUAAAAGUCAUGAGAGUGCCAUACAAGUAUUUCUAGGCGCUUUAGAGGAAAUUGAAAGAGUAGAAGGUAGAUUGCAGGGAGGGCAAAAAGGAGGCGAUUGUACACUUAUUUAA